CGGUGCUCCCUCUUCAUCAGAAAUCGUCGACAAAAUUCCAGUAAUAUGCAGUAUCACCCCAACGAGUGGAAGCACUGGUGUCCCAAAGAGCAUCGUCUACCCCAUGCGGAGAAGUCUCGCGGUACUCACCGAAGAGUCGUCGUCUCUCCUCAAGCCCAUGGAUGGCCAAUGGCUGCGAGGUGGAACCACAUUCUUGCGCCCAUUGUUCGAAAUCAGACGAUUCAUGUUCAACCAAACUACCCUCUACCUAGAUGCCUCUACGUCCGUUGCUGAUCAAUGCACCGCUCUCUGUGAAGAACUCGAGUCACCACGGAAUG